UUAACCUACACUGCACCAAUACGUUCUAUGCACACAAUCUCUUAGCAGAAAAGUGGAUGAAAAAAGUAGAUAUGCGUGUAUUGGCGGGAAAACAAAAUCGGAGGGAAAUAAGAAGAAAAAAAGAAAACCCUUAACUCAUUUCGUCACUCUUCACUUCCAAUGGCGCAGACCCAAACCCUAUCCUUCAUUCACGAGAUCGAAUCUCUCGUCUCCGAUAAACUUCAAGUGGUUUCGUACAAAUGGCUGAGUCGCAAUUAUAUGGUAUCGUCCGAUGAAGCAAAGAGGUUGCUUCAGGAGUUUGUGCAAAAACAUGAGGGUGGGUUGGAGGUGGUGUAUGCUUUGUCUGGCUGGUUAAAGAGCAACCAUCCUAGUUACCACGUAAGGCUUGUUACCGGGCCAAAGCUUGCAGAAGCACAACAAGAAUUUGAUGGUGAUUGCUCCGUUCAGAUAUAUAGUGUGCAAGCUAGCAUUCCCAAGGAUCCAGCUGUUCUUUGGAAUGCUGAGUUCAUUCAAGCAGAGGAGCUCUUCAAGCAACCUUCCUCGGUUGACAAUUGUUUGAGGGAUAAUAGGUUCUGUGGGAUCUCUAAUUCUUUUGUGCAGCGGAAUGUGGAUGGCCCAACAGUAGUUUUUGCAGCUCCUCAAUCAAAAUCUGUAGGUGAGGGACCAACAAAGAGUGACAUAGUUCAGCAACCUCCUAAAAAUAUAUCACGUGAUUCGAUUGACAAAGUCGAUACCAAACCACAGAGUGUGGUAAAAGAAGUCAAGAGUGAAAGCAAUGGUAUAGGGAAUACUGGAGUUCAUGAUAACAUGAACAAACCUACUGCAGAUAAAGAAAAGGCCCCUCCCUUACCCACAGGCAAAAAGAAAGUACAAGCUGAUAAAAGUGGUUCUGUUAAUGGAGGUUCAUUAGCAAGCCUUUGGGGCCGUGCAUCUGCAAAACCCAAGCCUUGCUCCUCAUCAGCAGAAAAUAAUAACAAAAUUUCAAAUCCUCUUGUAUCUACUGAAGCUGGACAAACUGCUGCUUGUGAAGCAGAAGAGUGUGACAGUGGUAAUGAUGAUAAUCAAGAUGUCUCCUUGAGGAGGUCGUCCAAUAGGAAAAGAAGGGUUGUCUUUGAUUUCUCAGAUGAAGAUGAAGAUGAUGUUGUCAGUUUAGCAUCACCUGAUCUCCCAAAUAAACAAUCAUCUCUAGAUUCUAGACAAAAUGACAAAAAAACAUCAGAGAAAACCACUCUGAAUUUUGAUUUGCAGGAAGAAAAUAAAUCAGGGGUUAAGGAAGAAAGAGCAACUGAGCAAAAAGCUCACCUUCCACUGAGAGAAAAUGUAUCAGCUAUCAGCAGGUGCACAAAUACUGGGAAAUCAUCUUCUGAGAAGUUGCAGAGUGGUGCUCCUGAAGUACAUUUAAAUAAGGAUAGUGUAAACAAUGCCCCUCCAUGUUCACCUAAGAGGAGAAAAGUGAUGAAGACCAGGAUUGAUGAACGAGGGAGAGAAGUAACUGAAGUAGUCUGGGAUGGGGAGGAGACAGAAGAGAAGAAACCUGAUAAGGUUACAACAAAGAAGUCUGACAGUAACGCAUCUACCAAAGCUAUCAAUAGUGCUCCAGCAACUAAGAAGCCACCAGCCAAUUCAAAUGCCAUUAGUGGAAAAGGAGGAAAGAAAGCAGGAAACUCAAAGGAUCCCAAACAGGGCAAUAUUCUUUCAUUUUUCAAGAGAGUUUGAGAACUACACUAAGAAUCACAAUGUUCAAAAGAGAUGAUCCUUUUCCGGGAUCAUUCAGUAAUGCUAGUUCCUUCAUGAUUAAGGGUAUUGCAUUAUGCAGUUCUGGUUCUUUUAGUUGAGGAUUUCACUGUAUCUGGAUGCAGGAUUGGUUGAAAUACCUUGAUGUGUUGUGUUUUCCUCACGCAUUCUAUUGCUAAUAUAACUAAUUACUCUGAUCCUGUUCUUGCCUAAAAAAGUAUAGUUCACCUAGAGGUCCGUGUACAAUGAAACAGGUUUUGAUGGGUAA